UCGUAAAAAACCUGGCUACUCCUAACACAGAGACAAACAAACGCGAGCGCUCUUUCUUUCUCUCUCUUCAGCGAGAAGAAACCGCCAGAAAAUAAAAGAGAAAUAAAAAGUGUGUUUGUGACUUUGUGUUGUGUUGUUGACCUUUGCAGUGGGAAAUUGAAGUUGGUGGGAAUGGCCAUCAACAAUGGCGAGGGAAGUGGAGCAUUGCAGAGGGUGCUUUACAUGUGGGGUUACCUUCCCGGAGCUCUGCCGCAGAGGACGCCGCUCUUGACGCCGGUCGCCGUUAGGUUACCGCCGUGUGGUUACUCUUGGAAUGAUGUUUGCGGCGGCGGAUGUGGAUUCGCUAUUGCUAUCUCUGCUCAUAACAUGGGGCUCAACGGAUGAUCUAGGCCAAAGCUAUUUGACUUCUGGCAAGCAUGGGGAAACUCCAGAGCCUUUCCCUCUUCCAACUGAAGCCUCUAUUGUAAAAGCUGCGGCAGGAUGGGCUCAUUGUGUCGCUGUAACAGAACAUGGAGAAGUUUAUACAUGGGGAUGGAAAGAAUGUAUUCCCUCUGGGAGGGUAUUUGGUGAACCAUCAACAGGGGUAAGUCUUGAAAAAGAUGUGCCAGGAAGGCACAGUCCAUUUUCAACAGAGCAAGUGAGCCCUCGUUCUCAAGGCUCAAGAUCUACCGGAGGUACUGCCUCCAGUAACAGUGGAGAAGAAAGUACAAAGAGAAGGAGAGUGUCUUCAGCAAAGCAAACAGCUGAAAGUUCGUCGUCCAGUGAUGAUAGUCUGACAGCAUUUCCUUGUCUUGUCACACUAAACCCAGGGAUAAGGAUAGCUAGUGUUGCUGCUGGUGGACGCCAUACACUUGCAUUGUCAGAUACAGGACUGGUGUGGGCCUGGGGCUAUGGAGGGGAAGGACAGCUUGGUUUGGGUUCCAGAAUACGCAUGGUUUCAUCUCCUCAUCUUGUUCCUUGUAUUGAUUCCUCUUAUUAUGGUAAAGAUAGAUCUGCAACAUUGGCUCGAGGAAGCCUAGGUUCAGAGGGACAUAAUUUUAGAGUUCCUGGAAGUUAUAUAAAGAGAAUUGCUUGUGGAGGUCGACAUAGUGCAGUAAUAACAGAUGCUGGAGCCAUGCUUACUUUUGGUUGGGGACUCUAUGGACAGUGUGGACAAGGAACUACCGAUGAUGAACUAAGCCCAACUUGUGUAUCUUCCUUAUUGGGUAUCCACAUAGACGGAGUUGCUGCAGGACUGUGGCAUACAGUCUGUACAUCUGCUGAUGGUGAUGUGUAUGCAUUUGGGGGGAAUCAGUUUGGGCAGCUGGGAACUGGUGCUGAUCAAGCUGAGACUCUACCAAGACUAGUGGAUUCUCCGAGUUUGGAAAAUUUGCGUGUGAAGAACAUAUCUUGCGGUGCUCGUCACACUGCCUUAGUAACAGAUUGUGGAAAAGUUUUCUGCUGGGGUUGGAACAAAUAUGGACAGCUGGGCCUUGGGGACGUGAUUGACCGUAACAUUCCUUCCGAAGUCACCGUUGAAGGUUGUGUCCCUAAAAAUGUUGCUUGUGGAUGGUGGCAUACUCUUCUUCUGGCCGAGUCCCCCACUUGAUGACAUGGUUUAUUAGAGGCUCUUGACCCAAUUUUGUUAGUUAGAGGUUCUUUUGAAAGGCAAAUCGUAAGUCAUGUAUAUGUACAUAAAGUAGUAGUAUACAUAUACAUACAUGUUUUGUAUUGUUUCAUGGUCUGAGUAACCAUGGCUAGCUCUAGUGUAUUUAACACCACCGAAGAACGAUAUUUGGCUUGGAAGGAGGUAUUGGAUCCUUUCCACCUAUGUAACAUUCUUAACCAUGUGUAUAUUUUAUUGUAUAAUCUGCUAUAUUUAGAUGUACCAAAA